CACUGCAUGGACCUUCUUCUUAUAAUUUACCCGCAGGGUCCUUGCAUUUUACCGAUUCCUCGUCUCUUCGAUUGUAAACAUUUCUUUCAACCAUCAUGGAUUUCGCAACAUACGCAUCUCCAUACCCCGACUCCUCCCCCGCCUACUCCGAAUCUUCAUCAACACCACGUACUCCAUCUCCUCAGUCCGUUGACCUCCUCGUUCCUCACAACUUCAAACAUCCGAUCCCCACCGUCCCAACCAUAUUCCAGGAAGACUCAUAUCUUCCAUCAGACGCAGGAUCAAUGAUCCAAAACGACUCUUGGGUAUCUCAAUCAAACUACAACUACCCUCCACCACAAGCUUCACUUCUCCGCGAGUUGUACGAGCCAGAACACCCAGAACAAUACCAGAAUGAAGUCUACAUUGACGAUCACGCGCACUACAAUGAAUGGCAACACCAGCAGCAACAACAGCAGCAACAGCAACAGCAAAUGCACUUGCGCCAGUCCGAUCAUCCUACUUUCCGUCGCGCCACCUUCCCUUACGUCAGACAUGACAUUCACCCCCAUCAUAUACCUCACCACCCCCAAUUUUAUGAUCAAUACCCCUCCAUGUACAAUGAGCCGCUUUCACUCUCCCCAGAUCCAUCUGAUUCCCGUCACCCCCACGAUCCCCAGUCCAUUAAACUCGAGGACACACCCCUCAUAGUUCCUUCACAGCUGGGCUUCGCUGCACAUCCCCUUCACGGGCAUCACCACCCUGGUUUCCUCCCUUCGGGAGCUGGUGGUUCAGUCCCCAUCCAACACACAGAUGAUGCUGCUAGCAAAGAGACUCAGUACCUCAGGCGCCGUUGCUUCAAUUGUCAUACCACAGAGCCGCCUUCAUGGCGUCGCUCCACUCUCAAUCCUGGAAAGAUUGUCUGCAAUAAAUGUGGUCUUUAUGAGCGUACCCACUUGCGUCCCCGACCCCUCCGCUUUGAUGAGCUCAGGGCAGGUGGAAAGACGCGUAAACCUGGCGAGAAAAAACUUCAAAAACCCGCUCCUGUAGCUGGCUCCCCUCAGAUCAAGAAGGAGCCGCGAGAGUUCGGUCUUGCAAGGCGUAGCUCCGUUUCGAGUACCGCAUCAAGUGGUGGCGCUGUCAGCGACUGGGAUGAUAAUGUCUCUGUGUAUUCAUCACAGCCUCCUACCCCUGGCUCUAUCUCCGGCCCCCCUUCGAGCUAUUCAUCGCCUUCCAUCGCAACGUUCCCUAUUCCUCGCAGCUCUCAGAGCCCGCCCAUCGAUGCCGGCCCACAGGGUCCAAUUCGGCUCCCUAACGCCCCGUUGUCGGACAUAGCGUCUCUUCAGCAACAGGCGCCAAGGAAGGCAGCAACUGUUCCAAGUUACUUCCCACAGCCCCCAGUCUCAUACCAGGGACAGGAGAUGCUGCGUCGGGGGUCGAUGCCUGGGCUCUGCGAGCAACCACGCCGGGUGCAGUUUGCUUCGCCACAAAUGCCACCGCAGUCACUUGCGCCCCUGCAGGGUCCUACGUCUGAAGCGCCCGCUGAAAAGUCGCCGCAGGUCACGCACAUGCAGAUUUCGUCACCUCAAAUGAUGACCUCAUCGCCUGUACCCGCAGCAGCAGAGCCCCCGUCAUCCUGAGCGACACGUGUUUUCAUGCCUCGACAUCACGCUCGUUUGGAUCUUGGUAUUUAUUCAGUUUUACAAUUCGCACCAUCCCCCGAUCUUGAGCUGCUCGAUUUCACGACCUUAUUUAAUUAUUCACCUCGUCGCAAAAACGGCGACGACAAAGACGCGGGCAAAACGGUAUCUAUAUUCCGACAUAUAUCCUGUAUCCUACAUUUCCGGCCUCGCAUCCAACUCUGUCGACUAUGUCUAUAUUGCGCAUAUACAUAUCGCCCCGUAAACCAUACCCUGCCAGCCAUACUCGCGCUCUGUAUGUCGUCUCGAUGAUAGAUACCCAAUACGAAUGAUCGCCGAAUAUGCAACGGAAGAAGAAAGGGGAAAGUGUACUUGUAUAACGCCAUUGUUAGUUAGUAUACCUACUUAGAACCUUUUUUUUCGAAUUUCAGACGCAGGAACAUGAAUUUUUUUUGUUGUGCAUUGGUGGCGC